AUGAGCCUCCGGCCCAGCCGCGCCGCCCGCGUCCCGGGCCUCUCCGGCUCGCGGUGCGCGCUGCUGCUGCUGCUGCUGCUGCUGCUGACGCCGCCGGGGCCCCUCGCCAGCGCCGGUCCCGUCUCAACCAUCUUGAGGGAGCUGCGCUGCGUGUGUCUAACCACCACACCGGGGAUCCGGCCCAAAAUGAUCGCUAAGGUGGAGGUGAUCGCCCCCGGCCCGCAGUGCUCCAGGGUGGAAGUUGUAGCCACCCUGAAGAACAAGAAGGAAGUCUGUCUGGACCCAGAGAACCCGGUGAUGAAGAGAGUCAUCCAGAAAAUUUUGGACAGUGGAAGAAAAACUGAUUAAGAGGAAGGACCAUGCCUUGGAAAAGCUGUCCAGUUCCUUAGCAGAGCAGUUUUCUGAGUGUCUUGGGACCCAGUGAAGACAAGAAGGCUGGAUUCAUUUUCUCCAAUGAGUUAGGCUUCCUCAUAAAUCUCUCACUUUGAGAGAAGGAUGGUGGGGAUGCACCUACGUUUGUCCCUCAAGUGUAAUGCUCAGCUCAUGAAGUAUUUAAUAUAGUAUUUCCUGCUAUUUAUUUGCUGUUAUUUUAUCUGUCGUGCUAUUGAAAUCUUUGGCUAUUGACUAAAUUGUGAGUCAAGAACCAGUGGUUGUUAAGCUUUCGAGGUGACUGCUGUAUUUUUAGAAUAUAUCCCUUACAGUGUUACUGAGAAGGCUGUGGGUCUAAUAUGUGAAUGUUAUUUCAUUAAAAUGCUGGAUGUGGAGAUAAAUUGUUAUCUUCACGCCUCAUGAAACGGGAAGUAUUUUGGUAUCUUUUCUUGAGGAAUAUGUUAAGUUUCCUUGCUUUUGACUCUGGGAUGCUGAGUUAUAUUGCCUUAAAAAGCUGGUGUAACAUGCAAUUAUCUGUGUAAAAUGUAUUUCUUUAUUUAGAAUUUGUAAAUGUUCAAUUCCAUAAGGACGAGUAUGUUCUUUUCCUAUAAUUUUAGACAUUUGAUGUCUUUUCAGUAUGGCAUAAUGUCAUGACUUACUCAUUAAACUUUGAUUUCAUGGUGUGUAUUAACCAUUUUACUAGGAGUACUAUAAUUCUAGUCCCUAAAUAUAUGAUUUGGACAGAUAAAGAAGCUAGGAUAUAGGCAAGUUCCCUAUUUCUAGCUCUUUUAUAGAAAUGCUUUGUUUGAAUUUUUUUAGGAAUUAAAGCAAACUUCACAGUGAUUUGUACUCAUAAAGGUUUGAAAGGAUAUUUGAGCUAUUUAAAUAUAGAUUCACAUUUUGUUUUCAAAAAACAUACACAGAUUAAGUUUUUGACUAUUUUGUGAUUAAAAAAUUAUCUACGCAUCACACUUACAUUGUGAAAAUUACUCUUGUUUGUAGCACUUCUUUUGU